CGAAAUAGCAUCGCAAUAGAAUCACCGCAGCAUUCAGAGAGCGAUGGCCGAUGGUGAUGGGCCCAUUGCGUCCGCGGUCAUCAUUCCAGACCUCGGCGCCGAAUCGCAACCUCCCGCUCCACCGAAAAGACGGCAAUCGUCCACUUCUGAAUCGAUCUCGAAACGUCCCCGACUCUCGUUCGAUGCAAAUGUUGAAUCUCCCACAAACCUACACCAGUCCCCCGAGCCAACUGAUCCCUCGAGGAGAGCCUCAGAAAGUGUCCAAGAACCAAUCAAUGAACGCCGGAAAAGCAGUGUUCAAGAGGAGAAAAAGCGUGGUCAAAGACUGUUCGGAGGCCUACUCAGCACCCUGAGUCAAAGCACUCCCAAUGGCCAACACAAAAGGCGCUUAGAGAUUGAGAAGCGGCAACAAGAGAGAGCAAAGCAACAGAAGGCUGAGGACGAUGUGCGAAGGGCAGAAAAACUAGCCAAGCUCAAAGCUAUUCGAAAGGUGGAGCAAGUGAAAUUCGACGAGGAGACGAUGCGCAUCCGACACACCAAUAUGUUAGCCAUGGCGCAAUAUCUCUACACCAAAGCCGAACCGAGAUUAUAUUACAUUCCAUGGAAAAUGCGACCGGUGGAUGAAGAACGUAUUAAGACUCAGGUCGCAGGAACCCAAGCGCUGAUAGAACGAGAAGUUAGCGAAUUCCAAGCACGACUUUCGAACGAAAAGGUCCGAGGAAAGACUGAGGCGGGAGAAACCAAUGGCGUGUCCAAGGAGACAGUGGGUGAGCUUGCCACCGAGUCUCCGUCUGUUCCUACAAUUUCCCAUAAUGAUACUACUAAUGCUCAGCCCGAACAAGUUAAGACUGAAAAGAACGCUCUGGAGGAGCAUAAUGGUGAGGUGGUUGUAGAAAACGAGGAAGAUACAGUCAUCUAUUGACGGUGGCGUCUUAAUGCUUUCUGAAACCUAGUGGAGCUCAAUUUCCGGCGUUUAGGACUUAAGGUCCAAAGAAAACAUUGGGUUUGGACUUGCUUGUACAUUUGUAGGCUAAUCUGAACAUCCUGCGAAGUGGCUAUUGAUGAUGUCUAAUGCUUGAGGUAGACUUUGCAAAUUGUCGUCGUGAGCCACUGAUGCUGUGUACCAACAAUAGGUACUUCUUUACUAACCCUUCACCCUGACAAAU